UCUUCUCACUAUGAUCGGCUUCAUGAAGUUGUUCCUGGCGUUGGCGUUGGUGGGUUUAACGCCCGCUGAAGCCGAGGAGGCCCAAGGCGGCUUCGGGCCUCUCCUGCCGGGCCUCGUCGUCAGGGCUGAGACCAGCUUCCUCUUCACCAGGACUGCAACAGUCCUUCAGACGAUACAGACACAGGUCACCACCUUGGCAACUUGCAUGGCCGAGGGUGCCGACCUCCCUCCUUGUUCGGCCAGGACUGAACCCCGAUUCGUGGCUAUCGUCCCAACCGCCUUUGUUCAAAGGUACGUAGUACAGCCAGAAGCUCGAGGAUUUAACUUCCUUCUGCCUUCUUUCAAAGCUGGUCUGCAAGUAAAUGACGGGCGCAUCAUCGAAUUUCUACCACCGAUCGGCUUGCUGACAGUGGUGACCAAGACGGCGUGGGAGACCGUGGUCACUGCCACCGUCAGCCAUCCGACGGACACCGUCACGAUCUCCUUGGCUGGCUGCGUGCCCGAGAACCUCCCCUUCAGCGCCGCUGCCUGUGUCGCGCAGCGACGAGUGUAACUAUGACCGCAGCCACAACCCCGUCCAUGUCCUCUGUUACAACGACAGUCCCGCCUUCUUCCACGACCACAGCAAUGUUCCCCACAACACCCACCAUAACGACCACGCCCACCAGCACGACAGUGACCCCGCCCACCACCCCUGUCCUCAGCACAGCCCUGCCCAUCGCCUCGAGUGCUAUAGCGACCGAGACUCCGAGUGCUACUUCAACCGAAAUGCCCACGAGCACGUCCAUUAAUUUUUAAACGACUACUGAGACUUGUGUCGCCUCCGCAGGUAACUUCUACGACCACAUUUGAACCCACCAAAGUGAGGCUCAUACGCUGCCUCUGCAAUGGUCAACCUUCAUAACCAAGGGGUGAAUGGUGUUGACGAUCCUGAUUUUGUCAGUGAGGAAAAUUUAAAGAAAAAAAUAAAUACUAUUCGUGUAGAUAUUACUACGUAUAAUUUGGGCCACCUUGAAUUUCAUCAUAAUUUUUUAUCAUGGAUCAUUGUUUACGCCACUUUGAAGGAAGCUUGAUGUUCAUAUUACCUAUAGUAAAAAGCACGGUGGAAACAGCCAAAUGAAACUUCGAAUCAUGAAGACUGUUUACUUCUAAAAGUAAAAAUUACACGAUAUUGAAAUAGAAUAUUAUGUGUAAAGAUUUUUUUUUUAUUUAUGUAGAUUUACUACGACUAAUUUGGGCCACCUUGAAUUAAUCACUGGAAUUAAGUAUCAAAUUCAAGCCCACUUUUAGAACGAAAUAUGGACCAUACUUUUACUUUAAUCGCCAAAACAAAGUCUUCUUCAGAAUAUGCCAAUGCUAUAAUGACGAAGGAAUGUACAGACAAAACUAUGCUGACACUUAUCAACAUAAUAACACAGGUAAUAUAACAGCAAUAGACCCAAGUUGUGAUAACACGUAGCAUAAGUUGAUAUGGUGAAGUAUCACUAUUUACUCUUAUUUGUGAUAUUUAUAAUGGCAAAAAUAAUGGCAGUUAAUCAAAAUUAUAAUAAUGAAGCCCGUAUUCCGUUUGAUCGGUAUAACAAAUGUACUAAAUAUCAUUAAUAGGCGGGGAUGUGAUGAGACAAUAUCUGAAACAAAUUCAUGGUAUGCAGAAAUAAUACGAUAUAACACGAUAUAGUGUUUUAUUCCAACAUGAGCUAGCUACAGGUUUAGCAACGCGGACGUCCAUGGAAAACUUGAUACGAUAAGAUUUUGAAGGAUUGUUAUAAUAGUCAGGUCUCA